UGUGUGUGUGUGUGUGUGUGUGUGUGUGUGUGUUACAGUCUCUUAAAGGAAACUCAGCGCUUCGCUCCAACUUCCUCAUCGUAGCCAUGAUUCCUGCUCUGCACUGACAAAUAUGGAGUCUAAAGUCUGUAACAUUCCCUCGCUUCUGAGUUUUAUCUUGAUUUUACUGCGCCACUGCGCUCGCGCUCAGGCUAAUGGCGAUUGCCCAGCUGAUGGACGGACAUGGGUGCCCUUUGGCCAGAGCUGCUAUCACUUUGUCCAUGGAGAAGAGGACGUUGCCAAAAGCUACACCAUAGAGAAAGCUAAAGAUAUGUGCCAAGGCUUUGCCCUUUUGACGGUGCGCAAUGCUGAAGUUAACGACUUCAUUGUUCAGUACAGCCCUAAGGUGUGGAAAGACAAUGUGAACAUCUGGCUAGGAUUAUAUUAUGACAGUGACGAUGAUCAGUUUAAAUGGAGCGAUGACUCUGUUGUGAGCUUUAAGAAUUGGGUGGAAGGGGGCUCAGCUGAUUGGGACAUACCCGUAAUGGACAAAUGUGUGGCACUGCACUCCACCACUGGCAAGUGGGAGAACAUCAGCUGCUCUGAGAAACGUGAGAAUGGAGUGGUGUGUGAAGCAGCCCAGAAGCCUGUUGUAAUCAGGAAGAAGAAUGGCAGUCCUCUCCUCUCGGCACUAGUCAUUCUGAGCGUGAUUGUUAUUCUUGGAGUGUCUGCAGUUAUAUGGUUUUUCCACCAAAGGAACAGCUCUGGCUCAUCGUUGCUUCCCUCCUUCGAGUACCAUCCUCCUUUUAGAUCACCCUCAGCUGAUCAGACAUGCUUAGUGGAAGCUGAAGAGCUCGCGGAAACUUCCUAAAGCCCUGAGUCUUGGGCCUUAAUGAUUGGGCCAUUGUGUUUUCAGUUACACCCCAUUAGAAAUAAAGUGACACUACGGAAGACUAGUUACAUACUACACGAUCAGCUGUUCUCUUUGUAUAUGCCAGUUAACUAAAGUGAAUGUGCAGUUAGUGAAUAGCUCUGGGUCCAUUUGAGUGAUCCAUUGUUUGUCUGCUGUGGUUAAUGUAUCACAGAAAGCAGAGGAGUGAAGUCAUUUGGUUGCUAAAUUUUGAACUCAAAUAUUUGUGACUAUUUGGGAAACAGGAGUGAUUUUCCAUCUAGAUGUUACAUAAAUAAUGACAGCACCUUCCCGAAUCUUUUUGAUUACAAGUGUCCUAAUUGUCCAUGUAUUUGUAAAGCUAUUUUGUUGAAGUCAAAUUUAUAUUGUUCUUGAUCAUUGCACUUUCUGGAUGCCUCCUUUUCACAAUACAGUGUGCCAGUAUUUUAGACUUUUGAUGCUAUUCUUUACAAACAGAGCAAAGAAUGGCCUGGAGCUUUCAAGUAUAUUUUUAACAUGUUGAGCUUCAGUAGCCCUGAGUUUUGGAGAUGCUCUGUUUUUGUACAAAAUAUCUGUCUGAUUUGAUGAAGGGAUUUCUUUUAUUUUCUUGUUUUUUUUUUCCCCCUGUGCAAUUUGUAUGCUGCAUUUGUAAUAUUAGCAAUGUGAUGUAAUUAACAUCUAAAAGUGAAUUUCCUUCCUUAGGAAGGAAUUUGAAUGAAGUAAUCAGCACAGCAAAAAUACAAGUCUUUAUAGUGUAAUGAGCAUUAUUGUCACUGUUGUAUUCAGGAUUGCACUUUGAUUGCACUUUCAUUACACUGAAAGUGCGCAGGGCCCUAUUAUUUUCUUAAGGAUUAUUAUAAUUAUUAUUAUUACAUUUUUUUUUUCCUGUAAGGUUUCGGGGGCUUUUGGGGCGCUUAACAUGCUCAAAAAUCAAAAAUUCGGCACACACGUCAGAGUCGUCGGCCAUUAGGGCCGGGCAAAGGGUAACACAUGGGUGUGUAUGCACGCUACAUAAACUUGGUGUAUAUAUCGUACAUACUUGUACGUAUAUGUACGAAACUGAGUACAUACAUUGUUCUCAUUGACCCAAACAACUUUCGCACUGACAAUCAUUAGCUCUGCCCAACAGGAAGUCGGCCAUUUUGUUAAAAGUGCAUGCGGUGAACUUUUAAAUACUCCUCCAAGGGGAUUCACGUGAUUGUCACCAAACGUGGUCAACAUUAUGCCAAGACAUUGAAGAUGCUAAAUUGCGAACGGAGUGUGAGUAUCUCGAAUUGUCUGAUUUAGAUCAAAUUGGUGUUGUAUGUUUGUUCAUGGGGGCUAAGUUUCACCCCCUUAAAUACACGUGCCCAUUACACAUUAUUUCACUACAAUUAAUUAAUGGCUAAUAAGGAUAACAUAUAUCUCUUAUCUUCUUCAUGCAUUAUAUCACCAAAUAUGUUUGGACAUGGAAGUUGUUGUAAAGCCUUAGACCUGAGCUUAACGUAACACAUCAGUGUAAAACAAAUUACUCUACAGCAUUCGCUUCACUAUGCAUUGUUUUCACACACCCACUGGGUGGCGAUGGCACCGUAGUGCUUGGGCCCGUCAUCGCUGCUUGCAGCUAUAUUUUGAGAUUAUUAUUCAUUUAAGAUGGAAGGAUUAAAAACUCAUGAGCCUUGUUCUGGUAGAUUUAAUGCCUGUAUCUAAGACAGUGGUAUUAUACUUUUUCGUAUGUGUGCACCCUACUUUGUUAGCCUUUCACUGCAGUCCUGUUGAUUACCAGCAUUGAAGGUCACUUAAAACUUAAUGUUGGAGAUGUUUAAUAAAAAUCAGAAUUUA